AUGAAUAAACAUUAUACACAAUCAUGGUAUCGAACAUUUUUUACAGCAAUAUUCGAUGAUCUCAUAUAUAAUAUCGAUCAAUUAUUAGAAUUUGUACAUAAAUAUAUUGAAUUACCAAUACAAAAUAGUUUAUCAUGCUUUACAAAACUUACAUCUCAUUAUUAUCGUCAACCAUUAUGGUUUCGAUUAUCUCGUAAUUUAACUCAGAUACUUGUUCAAAGUUAUAUAACAACAUUUUUUCUCUAUUUUAUUUUAUUAUUCUUUGCAAAACUUUAUUCAUUUGCAAUACAAAGACAUUAUUUUAUUGAUCCAAUUAUUUCCAAUAAUCGACAAUGUAUUAAUAUACAAUUUAUUCAUAUUAAUAAUCCUGAAUUUAUUAAUAAUCAUACACGAUUAAAAGAUAAUUUUAUUCAAGAAAAUUUUAUUAUUGGAGAAGAAUUAGUUAGACAAACUGAUCAUAAUUAUACACAACUUCAUGAAUUAUUUCAUUUAUUACAAGAUAUUGAUUAUAUAAUUUGUCAGCGAUCUCUUUAUUUAUAUGCACGUUAUCAAACUUAUUCUUCAUUGUUACAUAGUAAUUCUUCACAAUUUCGUUUUCUUCUAACAAAAUAUUCUUCAUCAUUUACUAUUGAUGAACCACCAUUUCUUGAUUUAUGUAUUCAUGCUUCCAAUCGAUCUCAUUUAGAACAAAUACAAUCUCGUCUUCUUCCAUUAGCAUCGUAUUCUUAUACGUCUAUAAAUUUAUUUCUUUUUGAUUUUGAUUUCACACAAGUUAGUAUAACAUUUUAUGAAUUAAAUACAAAUUCAACACAUCUAGAACGUGUUUCUAUUCAUACUGGUUGGUUACGUGAUAUAUAUUCACAAUUUUAUUCAUUUAAAUAUGAUCGUGCUUUAUCAACAGUUCUAUUCGAUGGUUUAUCAGCUGAACAAGAGUUUGUAGAUUAUUUUCAAUAUGUGACUGUUCCUGUGCCUUCUGAUAUAUUACUUGGCUUGAACGAAAUGAUUCAAGAAUCAAUUUUGGUGCUACCAUUGUGUCAAUCAACACGUUAUUUAUAA